CCUUUUGGAUGAGCCUUCGCUCAAGAAAUUUUUAGAUUUUCGACUUUCGGCUGGCGACUUAGAAGAAUCAAAAGUUGAAUACGCUCAGUAUAAUAAUGAAAUAACUACCAUCAGCAGAUUUUACGCCGAAGCAUCAGCAUUUGGCCAGCAAUGGGAACGACUGUCAUGUCUGUUGGUGAGUUGCUCUACGAAUCACCUUGAGACUCUUCGUACCAUUGAGUACACUAACUACUCUGCAAACCGUCGUGUUUGUAGUGGGAACGACUGUCAUGAAAGUAAAUGGUCAUCAGUAAUAAAGAGAUUUUGGAAGCUUCAGAAUGAAAACCAAAAUAUUAUGAUGAAGAACAAGUUGAUUGAGGAAAAAAUCAUUGCGCUAGAGGAAAAGGCAAAGGCGAAGGUUCGAAAGUUGCAGACAGCCCAACACGUAACCAUUACCACAGUAGCGACAGAACAAAUUCAACAAUACGCCAAGUCAACCACCGCCAGCAUCGCGAAGAGGUUCCUCGAUAAUGAUAACGAAAAAACAGCAAAACGUACUAGAACUCAUAAGGACCAGCCAGAUGAGGACGACUCUGAAAGUGACGAAGACCGUGACUACCUCGAUGAUGGUGAAAAAUCCCCAUGGAACUCGAACUCCACCCCACCAAACCCUUUCGAGUUGGCUAUCUCUCAUUCCUCAAAAAUCUCAAACAGGGAAAGCAUCCGUAGAGCUUCCGCUGAGAGUCUAGCAAGUCUGGAUGGGGUUAAGUAUUUCAGAGAAUUUAUUCCGCUUUUCGAAAAAUACAAAGAACAGGAAAAACAUAAUGUGUACUCUUGCACCAACGACGAUGUUAUGGACAUCCGAGGUGACAGUGGUUUCGCGAAAUUUUUGACAAUCGAUCAAUAUACGAAACUGCUUUCAGUUCGACCAAAAAGAAAUGCUGUGCUACCAGAAUUUUGGUGUAGAAUUAUAGAGGAAUAUUACAUGGAGUCAUUAACUGAAGGCGGCCCAAAGAAAACCAUUACUGAUUGGGUUCACAUCACAUAUGCGUUGAUUGUAGACAAAGUUGGAGAUACUGAGGGGGUGAAGAGACUUAAAAAGUACCUGCAUCGAGUAAUGUUACCUUUUGCUCCAGACUUUAAUGAACAUCACUAUUGGUCAGAGUUCGGACAUCAUUUUUUCUCUAAGGCUUUACAAGAAUUUGCAGGACUGGAUUGGCGAGCCAUGGAGGUUCCCGUAUUUGCAUCUAAAUACAAAAAAAACCAUGGACUUGAUCAUGCAAUACAUAAACAAGCAGGGCCUCCUACUAAACCUGACCUUACGAAGCUCUCUAUGGAUUCUUUCAAAUUAUAUCGAGAAUUGAGAGAUUGUUUGAAUGUUCGCUUAUUAUAUGCAAUGGAAAUCGGGGAUGUUAACUACAGUAAUCGUGCUGUAUUUGGUAUACUUGGAUAUUUGUUCGAAAUCAAGAUGUUAAUUAUGUGGAAGGAUGGUGUAUACGUAUAUGAGGAGUUUGGGAGUUUCACUGUUGCUUCUCAUUCGAGCAAGAUUCAUAUGAUGAAGGUGGAGUCAGAAAGUACCGUGAAAGUAGAACAUGAUAAUGACAAAGUUCAGAUUUUGAAAAGAAAGUUUAGUGACAUUAUUCAAAGAAAGCCAUCGCAAUUAAAGGAAUUACCUGAACUAGAACAUUGCUCGGCAAAAUCUAAAUCUCCAACUGAGCCUGAACCAUCCGCAAUCUCUGCCACAAGAGAUUAUUGA